AUGGCGAUCCACGUGCACAUGUCAAAUGGUAUGCCGGUAUGCGAAGGCUGGAUAGAGAAGUUUUCGGUGGGUCGAAGCCUUUUCUCUCCACGAAACUGGCGGAGGCGGUACGCCAUCGUGACGCACGAAGGCAUCGGCUACAUGCAUCGCGCCCCUGUGCGCCCACUGAGGCCAUCGGCAGCGCACUGUUUUGUGCCGUUUAAGUUGGUGCGCAGGAAGAAUAGUGAGGUCCGGAUGUGUCCUGUCUACCUCCUCCGUAACGUAACGCCUCUAAUUCACCCAGAGGUUUCUGCCAAGGACCAGGGGACGCUGUCAAGCAUGUCAGCCUCAAGUGGGCACACAGAUGAGUACCAUUACUUUGCUCUCUCGUUUGAGGAAAGUAAGCGGCGUUACUUUCUUCUUGUCCGUACACCGAAUACGGAGGACUAUAUUAUGUGGACAUCGGUACUAUCUAUAUACGUGUCCGCGGGAAGCAUCAACACCAUCGUCCCUGUGCCACACCCGCUGGCGGCACGUCAUUACGCGUCCAGCGGUAUUUUCCAGUCUCAGGGCAAAUUCUCGGCAAAGUUGGGUUGUGGCCCUGCAAAGACGGUGGAGGAACUGUACGUGAGGGACCCUGACCCGUGCUCGGCGGCAGAGAUUAGGAGAAUCAAAAAACGCGUGCAGGAGUGGGACGAGNAACUGUACGUGAGGGACCCUGACCCGUGCUCGGCGGCAGAGAUUAGGAGAAUCAAAAAACGCGUGCAGGAGUGGGACGAGGGGGAAAAGGGGCGUUGGUUGGCUAUUUUCAAUAAGGAGGGCUCUAUAUCUGACGGGGCUCUUCUUCAGGAGAGGAACGAGGAGGAGUGGAUCACGUUGAGAAAUUCUUCUGUGGACAUGGAAAAAGUAUGCGAUGAUGACACCUUUGAUUCAUCCUUGUUUGGCGAGAAGAGUGAGGGGCACGGUGGAAAUGAAGCCAAACAUCCCGUUUGA